AUGGCUCUGUCAACAAAGAGCCUGAUCCAAUGGGCUGAAUCCAUCCGGAGUAUGUUCAAAAUGGAGGAGUCCGCCGCCAAGGGGAACGAAUUGGCAAAAUCCAACGCAGACAAACCGGCAAAGCAAGCCUCCGAUUCUGAAGCUGAGAAUCCUGAGGAAGCGAAUGAGGCCACAGAAGAAGCUGAGAUGUCUCUGUCAGACAGAAUGGAACAAGACAAACAAAAAUUCCCAGGCGCGAAGGAGUGGGCGAAGGAAGAAGAGCGGCUGUUCGAGAUAUUCUACCUUCGUCAAGAUAUCCCGAUACUCCCGCCGCAUUGGAGUAUUGACCUACGUGGAUUUCCCCUGACCGACCAUAUUUUUCAGACCUCAAAAGACUACCCGCCCGUCAUCUACUCACACUCGGAAACCAUGUCAGGCCAAUUUGCUGGUAUGAACCCUUGCCUUCCUAAGGCUAUGCACCUGUUUUUCGACGUUACUGACCGCCGCGUAGCAACACAUGUCUUGUCGCAGUUGAUUGACCUGACGCUCUCCGUCAGGACGCUGAUUGAAUCAGAAAACCUACUCUCACCCACAACCCAGCGGACAGCCCGCCGAAGAGUGGCAAAGCUCCUCAAAGCAAGACUCGAUAAAACCCUUGGCUGGGCAGCACAAGAUGGUUCCUAUGAUAAGCUUAAGAUUAUCCCCAACAUUAUCGCCGAAGUCGUCGAGGCGCCUGAGGAGGAGGCGCGCGUGGUUGCCUACAUGACUGCCCGCAUAAGAGCGCUGGCCAUGCUACAGCGAGAGUAUCUACGAGUCGAUCGAGGUGAUGACUUCUGGACCUCGACUGAACCACGAUUAAUGAGACCAAAGAGGAAAACCAACAAGUCACCAACGGGUCGUAUCAGAGCGGGAAUGAAGAGAAGCCUUGAAUCAACACGGUCCACCCCCGAUCUGGUUGGUGAUGACACGACCACAAUGUCACCGGACUCUCCUGCAACAGUACUACACGAUGACAGUGAAUACCGGUCUCUAAAGCGACGGCAAAUCGCCAGCCCAUGCUCUAGUGACGAUGAGCUGACCGAGGUCGAUGGGUUUGGGGAUCUUUCCACCCCUUACAGGGUUGCACCCAAGUCCACAACUACACCGCCACGAACUCCCGCCAAUCUAGAAUUCCGCCGAAAGCCCCCAGUUGUAUAUGGCCUAUACAUUUUGGGCACCAACGUGUUCGUACUCACUCUGGACUCUUCAAAAGGAGACGCUGGCAUUGUCAGCUUCCAGGUUCACGUUGACUUUUUCGACAAAAACCAGAGCGUCUGGAACGCCCUGACCCUGGCCGUGCCCAUUUGUGCUGCACGGGAUGAGUUAAUGACACGCCUUGAAGAUUUCUCGCCGCUUCCCGCAGAGGAAGAAAUUGACCCAGAUGCUUAG